UGGGGUUCCAGGCGGGCAGCAGCUGCAGGCCGACUGACUGGCGGCCUGGCUCAGGGGGAUGGAUUGGCCGCACAACCUGCUGUUCCUUCUUACCAUCUCCAUCUUUCUGGUGCUGGGCCAGCCUAGAAACCCCAAAGGCAAGAAGAAGGGGCAAGGGAAACCUGGGCCCCUGGCCCCUGGGCCUCACCAGGCGCCUCUGGACCUGGUGUCAUGGGCGAAGCCAUAUACUCGCAUGGAGGAGUAUGAGAGGAACCUUGGGGAGAUGGUGGCCCAGCUGAGGAACAGCUCUGAGCCAGCCAGGAAGAAAUGUGAAGUCAACCUCCAGCUGUGGCUGUCCAACAAGAGGAGCCUGUCACCCUGGGGCUACAGCAUCAACCACGACCCGAGCCGCAUCCCUGUGGACCUGCCGGAGGCGCGGUGCCUGUGCCUGGGCUGCGUGAACCCCUUCACCAUGCAGGAGGACCGCAGCAUGGUGAGCGUGCCGGUGUUCAGCCAGGUGCCGGUGCGCCGCCGCCUCUGCCCGCCGCCGCCGCGCGCCGGGCCCUGCCGCCAGCGUGCAGUCAUGGAGACCAUCGCUGUGGGCUGCACUUGCAUCUUCUGAACCCAGACGCCAAGCGGGCAACCAGAGACCGUCCUCCCUGCGUCCCCGUGCCAAUCAGGCCAAUGAAAAGUAAAGGCUGUCUUUUGUAAAGCAA